AUGAACGGUACUCAAUCUAGAACGGUACCCUUGUUUCUCAUCGUGUUGAGAGAAACCCUCGAACUGGCCAUCAACGUAUCAGUAUUGUUGGCAUUUCUACACCAGAGUUUCAUCACUCCCCACACUGCGUAUUCCAGGUUGGAAGGAUUUUUGGGUUUGGUAUGCUGCCUAAUAUUGGGAUCUGUCAUUUUAAGAAUCUUCUACGUCAUUGGAAAUGACCUCUGGGCUGUGACUGAACACUACUGGGAAGGCACCUUUUCGAUUGUUGCCAGCUCAUCAUUUCGCGAAAAAUAUUCGAUGUUCAUUGUCCCCUUCAUAAUCACGUUGAGAGAAGGAAUGGAAGCCAUUGUGUUGGUUGGGGGCAUUGGAAUCAACGAAAACACCUCUGUGGCGUCCAUUGUGAUUUCCACUUUCACGGCCAUAAUUAUAGGUACCAUCAUUGGGAUCUUGCUGUAUCGUACCGGGGACUCAUUGUCUUUACGGUGGUUCAAGAUGUGUUCCACUGGCCUUCUCUAUUUAAUUGCGGCAGGGCUUUUCAGCAAGGGCGUGUGGAAUUUUGAAUUGCAGAAAUUCAUCGACUGUUGUGAAGGGUUUAAUGUGAAGGAGACGGGCCAUGGGCCUGGGUCCUACGACAUCACCAAGAGCGUAUGGCACGUGAUCUGCUCCACGGCCGUAUCGGGCCCGGUCAACAGCGCAACGUACAUAUGUCUUGCUGGCUACUUGGGUUACAGGGUGGCUGUCAACUAUGCGCUCACGUCAUUGCUUUUUGAAGAACAGCACGGCUACUUGCCGAUUAUUACUAUAAAAUUGCAGAAAACGAGAAUCAAAAAGAAUUUUUUGGCCAAUCAGAUGAUACACAAUAAUGUCUCCAGGGACAGCCUCAACUUCACCUCCGGUAUGAUGGCGUAGUUAGCAGGGUUUGAAAAUGACAUUGGUAUUUUAUUAUUUGUGUAGACUCCUAUGAUUCGCUCUUUUCGGAACGAUCGACGACCUAACGAGACUGACAUGUGAUCUUGCAUAUAAACGUGUGGGUUCAACAAUAAAAAAUUAUCUGAUCAAUCUACUUGCAGGUGCCGUGGUUGGAAAGCUCAUAACACCCAACAUGUGACCGGCCCGAAGUUUGUCCCCGAGGCCCUAAGUGAUAUUUAUUGACUAGUUGCUAAACUAGUGAAAUAUGCCAGCCUUAUG